CCGGCACUCGCCGGCACUUCCGGCGUGGCACGCCUCUGUCGGCCUUCAGUCGCGCAGACCCAGCGAGGUCGCUGAGCCCAGCCCGCCUCUGAGCACCUGCUUGCGGGCUCGGCUGCCUCAUGGAGCGCCUUGAUAAAGCGUCGCUGAACGCGCUGCAGCCUCCCGACUUCAGAAAUGAAAGUUCAUUAGCAUCUACCCUGAAGACGCUCCUGUUCUUCACAGCUUUAAUGAUCACUGUACCUAUUGGGUUGUAUUUCACGACUAAAUCUUAUGUUUUUGAAGGCGCCUUUGGGAUGUCCAAUAGGGACAGCUAUUUUUAUGCUGCUAUUGUUGCGGUGGUCGCCGUCCACGUGGUGUUGGCCCUCUUUGUUUAUGUGGCCUGGAAUGAAGGCUCACGACAGUGGCGUGAAGGCAAACAGGAUUAAAUUGAACAUCACCUUUUGAUAGCAUUAAAUUGAUUUUUAAAAAUGGUAAAUGCGUCUGGGAUAUUGAUGAUUUCAAUAAAGUUGAGAACAUGUUAAAAAUCAA